AUGGACCCGCCGUUGGAACCGCUCAUGGCCCCGCUCACACUCGACGCCCAUCCACUCUACCCGCGUGCCGAAGGUGUCGCCAGCAGAAGAAGCGAUGCACGCGAACUGCCGAGGGGUCGUGUAAACCAUGUCUUGCGGCUUGGCUGCCUUGUUCGCUCAUGGAGCGAGACCCAGUUGGUGAACCAGACAUUGCCGACGGGUGGGCCGCAAAUCGAGUCCAUUGAAACGGGUCGGGGAUUGUCAUUGGGGUCUAGUGAAACUCAAUCCCCACAAAUCGGUCCGGUCGAGAAAAUGGAGACCGAUGAGACUGUCCAAGAGGAGAGCCAGGAUUCUACCAAACUGGGGGACGGUGAUAGGGCCAUCUCUGUCUCAGCUGGGAGAAGGUGCCUGCAAGCCUAUUUUCGACAUGUCCAUCGCGCAUAUCCAUUUUCAGACAGCGAAUUUGUUCAGCAGGAUUUUGAGACCCUGUGCGAACAACAAGCGGAGAAUGAAUAUCUGCCGCGAUCGGCUGUGCCAAGCCGGCUGCAUAUGCUUAUGGCUAUCGGGUACACAACACUGCAGCGUGCCGGUGAAGCUGAAAAUAUUGAAGAACGACCUUUUGAGCCGUGUUUGCAAGAAAUAUUUUGCGAGUGUGUCUCCAAGGUCAAUGAGAAUUCAGCGGGAACAUUGCUGCUGCUUGGCUUGUACCUUCUAUUCAAACCCAAUGAUCUGGAUCCCAGGGCCAUUGUUGGUGUCCUUACCCGCCAUGCAUUGGCAACAGGACUGGUCAGCGAGACACCAACCAGUCAGAAACUUUCUCCUCGAGCGUUAGAGCUGCGUCGUCGGUUGAGCUGGUCAGUCUAUGUCUUCGACCGAAUGAUUGGUAUAUCCUAUGGCCUUCCAUUCGGAAUUCCGAACGACUCGAUGCAAGUGCCAUUACCAAGUAUUAUGAUCCACGAAUACGGGUCUCCAGAAGGUCACCAAUAUACGAUCGCGCUGCAAGUCAGCAGACACGUCAUUGCUCUCCGCCAACUCGAGACUCGAAUCGUGGACUCGAUUUAUCAUCAGGACUCUCCAGUGCACACACAGGAGCUUCGACGGCAGAUUGAAGACUGGUAUACCCAAGGGUGCCUUCUAUCUAGCUCGGCACUAUGGGAGCAAGACCAAGUGCCGUUCCAUACGACUAUUACUUGGUUGAAUGUUCGCUAUCAAAAUCUUCUUCUCCUAUUAUAUACUCCUGCCCGGGCGGACUCUGGAGGCGAGGAUAACCUGGCCCAGCUGCAGGCAGCUGCCCAACAGUAUAUCCAAUUAAGUCUUAUUCUUCAUGAACAUCGACACUUACCGAUGAACUGGGUUACUCUGUGUCGUCUGCUCUCCCUGGCGGCCAUAUUCCUUCACUGCAUAACGCAGUGGUCGUCAACAUUCCAAGAAAUCCCGGAGAUAAAUCUGCUCGCCUCUUUAUUGGAGCUCUUCGAACCCUCUUGGAUCCCCGCACACGAAGCCGCUCGGAUUAUGCGACGACUGUCGGAGACGAUUGCAAAUAAUAAAACUCCAAUUAUACCACUCAGCAAGUCAUCUGCAUCGUCAGUGAUCACGUCUCCAGGGCUAGAGGUGGAGCUUGGGCUACAGGCAAUACAAGAUGAGCUCGCUCCCUUAUUAAGCGAUACAUUAGGCGAAGCAAGCUUCUAUAUCUGGCCUCUUAGGUCAAAGGUAUUUGACCGACGACCUUCGCACCAGUUCGUUGCCACGGAUGGUAUGAGUGGUAUAAUCGAUGGUGGUCCCCGUAUUGGUAUCCCGCAGAAUAGUGCUUUUACACCUGCAGAUAAUCCACUCAUGGAUAGUCCAUUGGAAACACAAUGGAUGAGUCUGCUUGGUGGUCUCGGAUCAGAUAUGCUUUGA